AUGACAAAAACGCCUAGUUCAAAACGAAGCAAGUCUCUAGCGAGUCAACGACUACGGCGCGUUUUCUGGCUCCCCGGAGGCAGAGACAAAUCGGCAUCGGGCAACUCGGUCAAGUUCGCCGACCCCUCGCCGGAGCAGGCCAACGCUCAACUUUUAGCCCAGCGCCACCUCGCCGUCACCGAGUUUCUCGCCAGCGACCGGAGAGUGUCGGUCAACACUUUGGGCAACGAUGGUGCGUCGACGGGAGGCAUCAGCCGGAGCAACACUUGCCCGAACCUCAACAACCUCUCGGCUGGGCGCAGCAAGGAGGUCCCGCUGGCGGCCAGGAGGAAAAAGGUUGCCAGGCUCAGCAACGGAUUGCAAAUCAAGCUCCCGGCUAGGCCUGCGUCGGUUAUAAUCACUAGCGAAAACGCAAAACUGGUAACGGUGUCAGGCAAACCCACAACUGCCCCUUCGACACCUGGGCUGAACCCGCCGGAGCGUCCAGAAAAAGAGCUUUCAGAGGCCGAGAAGCCAGAGGCGGAAGCACGACCUAAAUCCCGCGGCAACAAGUCGGUGUCCCAGGUGCCGACGUGGAAUAUCUUCCGCGCCCAGUGGUCAUUUUAUCCCAACAAGAGCUCGACGACCGAUGACAAGAAGGAAGCGCGACAGUCUCAAAGCUUGAUCCUCGAGCCGACCAAAGGCAGACCGGUCAGCAUGUACGAGAGCCCGAGCCUGAAGGCGCCGGGACUGACGCCGACGCAAGGCACCUUCCCCAUACCUUCGACCACCUCGGCGCCGAGGUCGAGACACCACAGUCGCACCGGCAGCUACGGGUCGUGGAUCAACACGCCAGACUCGACGUCUCCAAACAGCGGCGGGAUGGCCGGCAGCCUAUCGUCGCUGACGGCGCAGACUUCGCUUUCGAGCACCAGCACCCGCCUCGAGUCGGUUGAUGUGAACCUCAACCGGAGAUACGAGGCCGUCCCCGAGAACAAGGUCCCGGCGUGGUACAUCAAGGAUGCCGACAGCAGAAGCAGCAGCAACGCCGGCAGCCCAAAGGCGGAAGAAGGCCAGACGCAGCUGAGGAUGCUGUGCGCCAACUGCAAGCGCGUCGACGUGGACUCGCUGUUCCGGCAGGACGUUGCGGACGUGAUUCCGCCGCCGAGGGAUUUCAUCGUCAUGGGGACGCUCUUCAGCCUCAUGACGCGGAAGCACUGUGGGUUGUGCCAGCUCGCCGCCCGAGUGAUUGCCAACGACGCCAUGCAUGGGCUCGGGAGGACGCAGUCGCAGGCGGAAGAGACGGACGAGGAAGAGCAACCAAAGGAUCACGCAUCGGCCGUGGUUAGUCUGCUCGAGGAUACAUACUAUCUAGCGCCCGGUCGCCUACGAGCGCCCGGUCGCAGCCCGGAUCUGUACUUUUUUUCGAGCGAGGACAUAAAACAAGGGACAUGGCCGAGACGGACCAUGGCGAUCCGACCCAUGGAGACAUGUUUGGGAUCGGACGGCGGCGAAAGCAAUAGCAGCAGCAGCGGCAACAGUAGCAGCAACAGUAGCAGCAACAGCAGCAGCAACAGCAGCAGCAACAGCAACAUCAACAGCAACAUCAACAUCAACAACAGAAAUAACAAUACUAAUACCAAUCAACUAGCCAGUGUCAAGAAUGGACGUUUCCUGCGCGCACCCGGAGAGAUGGAUUUUGACUGGAUCCGCGACCGGCUGCGCGACUGCGAGGACUGCGACGGGCCGAGCAACGGGGCCAACUCGACCAUGCUGCCGAAGCGCGACGCGCAGACGACGGUGCGGGCGGUGGACGUGCUGCAGAUGUGCGUGGUGAACCUGAGCGACUACGACAGCUACGUGGCGCUGAGCUACGUGCCCGAGGAGCAAGCAGACGUGGCGCUGCUCCUGCGCCGCGCCAACGAGGCCUCGCUGCGCCACCCCAGGGGCCUCCUCAACUGCUGGGACCGCGUGCCCCGCACCGUCCAGGACGCCGUCAAGCUGGUGCGCGAGAUCGGCGAGAGGUACCUGUGGGUCGACGCCCUGUGCGUCAUGCACGACGACGACGGCCGCGAGGUCGAGCACGUGCGCGAGACGGGCCGCAUCUUUCAGGACACGGUGCUGACCAUCUGCGCCUGCUGCGGCGCCGACGCCUCGCAUGGCAUCCCCGGCGUCGAGCCGGGGUCGCGGGUCAACACGCGGCAGGUCGUCGAGAUGGUCGGGGGAAACAUGCUCGGCAGCGUGUUUCGGGGCGCGAGGUGCGAGGACUACGGGGCCGGACAGAGCCAGUGGGGCAGCCGGGCUUGGACGCUGCAGGAGCAGGUUCUGUCCAGGAGGAGGCUGUUGGUGACGGACGAGUGCGUGACGUGGUGCUGCAGUCAUGGUCAGAUCGUGGAGGACGAGGCAGGGCGGUCGUGUUGUGACAGCGGUGCCGAUCUCACCACCAGCAUCCACCUCCUCGACCGGCUGGCACUCGAACCCAAGACCGACCCCGGUGCAGACGCGGCCAGCAGCAGCUGCAAGCAAUCCAGCAACAUGGACGCCUACGCGCGUAUAGUGUCCGAGUACACACGGCGGGAACUGGCCGACGUGCGAAACGCAGAGCGCGCAGUGGCGGGGCUGCUGAACCACCUGGAGCCGGUGUUCAAGGGGCAGUUCCUGUUUGGACUUCCAGACACGGAACUGGCGGCGGCGCUGAUGUGGUCCCCGAUCGGGCCGACGACGCGACGCAGCGACCCCUCGACGAACAAGCCCCUCUUCCCGAGCUGGAGCUGGCUGGGCUGGACGGGGCAGGCGUCGUACCCGUGGCUGGUGGAGCGCACGAUGCCCAUGUCGGAGGAGCCGGGAUCGCCGCUGCUGUGGCAGAACCUGGCGGCGAGCAUCGGGGACGCCCACGACGAGUGGUUCACGGGCGAGGACUACCGGCUCAACGGGCUCCCGCACGCCAACCACGUCCAGCUGAGCCAGGGCCUGCCGGCGCGCUGGUGCGAGCACGAGGACGACGGCUGGACCCACGUCGACGGCCACGACGCCACCGUCGACGACCCCUCGCGCGGCGGCAGGUGGCUGCACCCCGUGCUGGAGGCGCCCGACGACGCCGGCAGGGUCCACCGCUUCCUGCGCGAGGGGGACGCGCAGGGCCUGCUGCGCUUCCACACGCUGUCGGCCAGGUUUGCGCUGGAGCGCAAAGUGCGCGUGCGGAGGAGGGAUAACAAUAAUAAUAACAAUAAUACCGUCGGCGAGGGAGGCGGAGCUGCUGCGACGGCGGACCAGACUGUUCACAUGGUGCGGGUGCUCAACAAGCGCGGCUUUGCUUCCGGGUACGUGUACUGGCCCGCCGACAAGGCGCCGCCGUCGAACCGCAACAGCUGCUACGGGCAGGCGGCGGGGGAAAAGCCGACGCACGAGUUCGUCGUCAUCUCGCGGGCCAGCGCCAGAUCAGACCCGCGCAUCGGGCAGGAGCUGCUGCACGCCACGCCGCUGGGCGAGCUGAGCAAGGUCUACUCGAUGGACUACCUGGUGGGCGGGGGCAGCAGGCACCACCGCCUGCGCCCGACCAUGGGCGACGGUGGAGAAGGGUCCAGGGAGGACGGCAGGGGAGGGCCAAUCAUUGACGAGAUGGCCCAGUUCGACACGCGGCUAUAUGACCCAAGCACGCCGUGGGGUCUGUUCAAUGUCAUGAUGAUCCAGUGGAGACAUGGGGAGCAGGGCCAAGUCGCCGAGAGGGUCGCCGUCGGGAGGAUACAUGUUGCGGCCUUUAUGGACGCCUGGCCUGUCGACAAGAACAUAGUCCUGGGGUGA